AUGAUUAUUCAUUUUCUAAUCGUUUCUCUCAUCUCAUCGAUUAAUGCUGCAUCCAUAGUAUCUCACUCACAGUCUUACCCACUAUCUCAGCCCGUUGUACAUGGCCCCAAAGCUAGAAUAACCAUUGGUAAUGGAGUCAUCGCUCCCGAUGGCUUCAAACGCCCAGCAACUCUUGUUGAUGGCACAUUUCCUGGACCUUUAAUUACAGCACAGAAGGGAGAUCACUUUGAUAUUGAGGUAGUCAACAAACUCAAAGAUGACUCGAUGUUCGAGCUUACCAGUGUCCACUGGCAUGGUAUCUCUCAGAAUGGAACUAACUAUGCCGAUGGGACGUCCUUCGUCACACAAUGCCCCAUCACACCGAACCACUCUUUUUUACAUUCUUUCUCCGCCCAGAACCAGGCAGGCACUUUCUGGUAUCACAGUCAUUAUUCUUGCGAUGGUCUCAGGGGAGCCCUGGUAAUCUAUGAUCCUCAAGAUCCUUUGGCAUACAUGUACGAUGUCGACGAUGCAAGUACUGUGAUUACGCUUGCCGACUGGUAUCAUACUGUCGCCCCCGAAUUGCGCCAUACGAUACCUGUUGCCCAGUCUAUGCUCAUCAAUGGACUCGGUCGCUAUGCUGGCGGACCGGAGUCUGAGCUCGCUGUCAUUAAUGUCAGGCCGGGAAGGCGAUACCGCUUGCGCCUGGUUCAAAUGUCAUGCGACUCCAACGUCCUGUUCUCCAUCGAUGGCCACAACUUAACCGUUAUCGAAGCGGAUGGAUUGCUGACAGAACCUCUGGUGGUAGAUCAGCUCCAGAUUUUUGCGGCUCAGCGCUACUCUGUGGUUCUAGUAGCUGAUCAGCCAGUAGAUAACUACUGGGUGCGCAGUCUUCCUGAUACAGCGAAUGCGACCUACGACAAAGGAAUGAACUCUGCUAUCCUACGCUACAGAGGCGCCCCAAAGGCCGACCCGACUACGGUUAAUACUACAUCUACAAACCCAUUGCAAGAGACAAACUUGCAUGCUCUAAUCAAUCCCGGUGCUCCUGGUAUUCCAGAGUAUGGGAAGGCAGAUAUCAACCUCAACCUCGAGGUUUCCGUCACUGGCCUAACAUUCUACGUCAAUAAUGUCACAUUCCAAUCCCCCACCAUUCCUGUUCUACUCCAAAUUCUUAGUGGAGCUCUAGACGCUUCUCAGCUGCUCCCAAAGGGGAGUGUGUACGUUCUCGAGGCCAACAAAGUGGUAGAGUUGACGAUGGCAAUAACCGGUCCAGGUGGACCUCAUCCCAUACACCUUCACGGGAGCGCGGGCAGCAGUACUUUCAAUUACGCGAACCCCGUUCGCCGCGAUGUGGUCAGCGCUGGGAGCGCUGGGCAACGCAUGGUGAUCCGAUGGGUGACCGACAAUUCUGGCCCCUGGUUCUUGCAUUGUCACAUUGACUGGCAUCUUGAUGACGGUUUUGCCGUGGUAAUGGCGGAAAGUCCCUCAGAUACUGGCGCACAUUUGGGCCUUGUGCCAUAUGAAUGGGAUCGCUUAUGUCCAAUCUAUGACCAUCACCAGGGAAUGCCUCCCACGGUAGCUGAGGGAGGUUUAGAUUUUAAUUGA